UCAAAAAUCGCGUGACGUCAUUUAUGGACGGCCCCUUAUGUGUCUGACUCAACGCAUCAUCUAUAAAAUAUAUUACUUUGUAAGUCAAAAGUGGUCCUAUGGAUAGACUCGGACCCCCCCCCCCCCCGAAUGGAAACGUGAAAAUUCCACCACUGGCUCAUGGGUGUAAACAGAUGAGCACCGCCUAAAUAGGCGGUGCUCAUCUGACUGGCGUCGUGAAGUGUGUCCCAUAUAACCCACACAAACUGCACGAUGUGCUAAGGCCCUCAUCCAGCAGUGACACGCACAAAAAAACACAUUCGUCAAUAACACUGCUGUAAAAAUAACAAAAUAUAUGUUCGGCGACGUUUCGGGCAAUGCCCCUUCAAAGCAAUUGAACCUUCAUAGCAUCGACAGCACAUGGCGAAUAACACGUGCAGGGUUCACUGUGGAGAUCCGGGAAGCUAGCAGCGCAUUUUACUGUUGCACAUUCGCUCGUUACUCGGCGCAACGUGUACGGCCACUUAAUAUUUUCGCCCUUAAAUACAUUCAGAAAAUUAAACUUAUUCAAUCGAAAUCAAACUGUGAGAUUGUAAUAUUACUACGCGCUGGAUAUAUUUGUCAAAUGCUAAAGUUAUUUUUUUUUAAUUAAAUGAACUUGCCUCCCGCUCAGCCGGCGCGCUCAUUCACCGCUAUUUAAACAAUACGGGAAGUUGCCCAGUACUCCCAUCACCACACAACUCAAAUACAUCUUCCUGAAUUACCAACGGUACGGACGCGCAUCAUUCUAUCAUUUAGCGCAGCCAUCAGCAAGCGGCGCCCGAAUUUAACAUGUCUCGUCCCUGACCCCGACCCGGCACCUCUACGGCCCGCUGAUCUUCAACCGAGAGGCUUCGGGCUGGAGAUCCAGGCGAGGUCGGUCGUGCGGCGGGACUCCGUCGGCGCUACCCAGAGGGAAGGAAGCGACGGCACCCGGCAAGGAUGGCUUUUGCGACCUCUGCGCUCGUCCUGCUGACAUUCUGGGCGCUCGUGUCUGCCUUGGACGCGCUGAUCAGGGCGAGCUGGCUGGGUACGCGGUACGAGCAUUGGAUGACAACGCACAGCGUGGCCGUGUCGCCCGGGCACGUGCGUUGGACCAGCACGAUACUCAACCGGGCCUUCUUGCGAGCCGGACACUGGCGCCCUCGACUGCUGCACAUCUGGUUCACGGCGGGGCUGGUGUUUGGGCUGGCCGGGAUGGUGCUGUCCGUGGUGCUGCUCACCAGCAACCUCGCCAGCAUGCUGAGGCUCCUGCUUUUCCCGGCGGCAGCCCAGCAACAGCAGCAGCAGCAGCAGCAGGUCCUGCAAGUCAUUGUACCAGGUGUGAACUUGCCGCUGUCUCAAGCCUCUUACUUCUUCCUCGCCGUGUUGCUGAGCGGCGUCGUGCACGAAUUCGGCCACGCCGUGGCGGCAGUCAAGGAGCAGGUUCGCGUCAACGGCUUCGGCUGUUUCCUGUUCGUCCUCUACCCCGGAGCCUUCGUGGAGCUGCACACUCCGCACCUGCAGCUCGCCUCCCCCAGCCAGCAGCUGCGCAUAUUCUGCGCGGGUGUUUGGCACAACUUUGUGCUGGUGGUGGUGGCCGCGCUGGCGCUGCUGCUCAUGCCCUGGGCGCUGGCGCUGUUCUACCGGACCGGCGCCGGGGCCCUCGUCACGGCCGUGGUUGAGGACUCUGGUGUGGGCGGCGGGCUGGGCCUGCGCGUGGGCGACGUGGUCACGACGGUGGGCGAGUGCAGCGUGGCCGGAGCCGCGCGCUGGGCCGGCUGCCUGGUAGAGGAGGCGGCCAGACCGCCGCAGGGCUUCUGCCUGUCGAGCGCCGGCCUGCACCUCCUGCUGCUGCAGCGGCCCGCAUCUGUGUACCGCCGGGAAGACGGGAGCGUUGAGUGCUGUCGGAACGGCAGCGAGACCGACCUCUGCUUCUCCUACUCCUACUCCUCUUCCAACGCGAAGGAUUACACCACGAAGUACGCGUGCCUGUCGGUGCGCAGGGUGCUGGGCGAGAGCCGGGCGUGCGGGAGCAAUGCGGAUUGCCGGGGAGCGGCGGCGGCGGCGGCGGCGGCGGCCGGAGGAGAGGGCGGCGGUGGCGGCGACGCCGGCGCGCUGUGCGUGUGUCCGGCGCUGGGGAACGGCACGCGGCUACUGCGCGUGGUGCACGCGCCGCGACCCCACACGCUCUACGUGGGGCACCCCCUGCAGCCGCUCUACUCGGUCACGAUGAGCGACUACGUCCCGAGAUUCACCUUCCUCUCCAUACACCUGCCUCCCAUGCUGGAAACUUUCUGCAAGUACCUGGUGUCGCUGUCGGGAGCGCUGGCGCUGGUGAACUCAGUCCCAUGCUUCGCCCUCGACGGACAGUGGAUCCUGACGGCGCUGCUGGAGCUGGUGCUGACGGGGCACGAACGCGUCGCCUCCUUGGUGCUGCUGGGUGGCACCGCCCUGCUGGCAGGCAACGUGUGCCUGGGGAUGUGGACGUUGGUCGUCGGGCAAAUGUAACCGGCGCCGCCAAAGGCGGCGGCGACGACUGGGCGCCGCGGUGGCGAGAUGUUUACCGCCUCGCCUGCUGUACAGGAGGUCGUGGGGACGAUCCCGACCCUGACGCCUGCUGUAUAUUAGGAGUUUGCGUGUCUCUCUCCCCGCGGUCGCGUGGAUUUUUCCUCCGGUUUUCCCAUCCACAUGCGGGCUCCAACGUGCGUCGAGAGUAUUUGGCUGCUGUAAAUUUCCACGCGAUGAGCCCUCUCCGUUGAGCUGCCAUCUGCGAUCGCCAGGUCGCUUCUGAAAUGGAGCUGCACAGCUCAGUGGGGCCUUACCUGGUCGAAUUAAAAACAGCGGCCGUGAAGCGGCGCUCGCGGCGGCAGCGACCGACGGUGCCGCGGGGCUCGCGACGCGCAGGUGAGCCGUCGUGUAUUUUUAUUCUCUUUAUUUAAAGGGGGCUUGUUGCGUAAUGAAGAAAAAAAUUUCAACGGGUCGCGUCGAUGACACUGUGGCUUUUGCAAGGAAUGACAAGGCGUGCGAUGAGCGGCGUUUCGCAGGCAACGGGGCGUUCUCCGUAGCGCGGUGCGAAGCGCCGACGUGCGCGGAGACUUCGGAGGUCUCGCCGUGGCCAGAACUGUUGAUGCAAAUCCCAGGGCUUAGAUGGUCAUGGAACACUUUCUGCGCCAGCCCCCUCCCCCGUGCCUCCCGCGGAAAACGGAAUGGCUUGGGUGGAGAUGAACGCGGGAGCAAGGAAAUAUUUUUCACAGCUCAGCCUCGGACAGCUCCUCUGUUGAACUUCAGCCGCCGAUGGCCACCACACCUCGGCAAUACGUUCUCGCCCUCUGGUCAGAUCCCACAGCUGCAGCGGGCACAGGAGAUACGCGGCGACCUCUCAUGUUCCCGCCCUAAGUGUACCCCACCAUCUGGUCUCAGGGUCUUCUCUUUCCCCUUGGUCAUAAAGACGACUUUUCACACAAAAAAUGCGUUUUCAUUCUAUUCCUCCCCAAUUAUUUGAGGCCCACGCACGAUCACAUUUUUUUGUCGUUCGCGUUAGGCCACGUAAACGGAUCUGGCCAAAUUCGUGUUGUAUGAAACCCCUCCAGCACAGCGGGCCAAACGGAAGAACAUUUCUACGUGGGUGUACGAGCGUCGGAAGUGAACGACGUGCCAAUAUUCUUGAUCGUUUCAGCUCGCUCACUGGCGGCGAGCUGAAGAAUGAUUCUCACAGCCACGCGGGCUAAGACCUUUUGGCGCUUGCUGGACGCGUCUGGCUGGAUGUUCGAAGGCGUGUUUACCCCCAAGAGGAAAAUCAUCUGGUGACUUUGACAGAUGUGUCGUUUUUAAUCGGAACGAUUUUUUCUUCUUUUUACAAUGACAAUAAAGUUGCAAAAACGUUUCGCAGC